AUGAGUAAUGAAACAGAUACUGAUUCUGAAAGAAAGUUAGUUGAUAUAGAUAUUAGCCAGGCACAGGACAAUGGAAGCUACACGGAUACAUGUAAUAAUACUAUAAACAUCCACAAGGUUGAUAAUAAACCUGAAAAGGGUUACAAGAGAUACACUCACAUCCCUUUAACUGGAUCAUAUUCUAUUAGCGGAAUAAAUUAUAGUGGAGAAAAACAAGGUGGUAUAGACCUAUCUGGUGACUAUAAAAAAAAGGUAACUGUAUACUAUCUGAGCUAUGAUGUCACUAAUGCACUUCCCCUAAUAGUGGGACUUGAAAAGGACUGGGGGAAUAACUAUUACUACUAUACAAGAACUAAUCUUUCAAUUUUCAGUUCAUGGAAAGAUGAAGGAGUAGAAGUUACUAGUGAGAAUCAACUCCUUUCAAAACUUACAGCUAUCACUAGUCAGUUACAUGAACUUGUUGUACUAAAUCUCACAGAAACUAAUGACACUUACUUUGCCAAUGGAGAUCCUCGUUCACAUCCAGAAACUAAUACAGAUACUACCAUAUCGGUUUCUUUUUCAGAAACUAUCCAUACAAUCUAUAAAAGGUACAAGCAUAGUCCUGUUACCAAAGAUAUAUCUGCUAUAAGACUCCUUUCUACCAAAACUACCUCUACGAACAUACCAUUUGAAUCACCUAUAUAUAGAAAUGAAUAUAGUGAAGCUCAUGUUUAUUUCUGGGAGGGUGAUAACAGACACAGAAAUCCCCUUUUACUGGAACUUAAGCUGACUACGAGUACUUUUCAUUCCUAUUACAUACUUUCUGAUGGGGAAACGGACAAAAAAUGGAAGACUGAAUCUGGUAUAACUGCCAACACCCUCAGGGAAAAUCUUAACAAGCAGAACUGCGGAAGGAAUAGUGCUCACAUUGUGAAAAUCUCAGAGAAGGGUAGUUCCGGUGGUGGAACUUCUUACAACUGUCCUAGUUGCAGUUUAAAGCAAGUUAGAGUAACAAAAUAUGAUGCUAGUGACUAUUCCUAUUCUCAUCAUAUUUCUGAAGGUUUCUCGAGAUUUGAGGAUAAGAAAACAGAACAUACCGGAUUUACAUUCACUGCUAGAAUAUAUAGUGUGUAUGUAUAUUGGUAUCCAAGCGGACCUGAGGGAAUCCCACUCCUGAUUUAUCUCCAAGAAUCAAAUAAGUGGUACCAAAGACAAACUCUAGACUCAACUAAAUGGACUGAUGUUCCCCGGGAUAAGAAACCUAGUGAUUACAAGGAUGAUCCUACUAAAAUCCAAGGACUUCUAAAGGAUAUAUUGCCAACUGUUACCAUAAAUGUUGGAGAGGGAAAGCAGCUCACUAGUGGUGGAAGUGGAGAGUAUGAAGACCCUUCUGGAGAGGGUGAAGAAAAGGAACAAAUUAAAGUUACCAGAAAGGAUAUAGAGGUAGAUGGAGGAACUGUUAAAUAUACUAGUUUUACCCACUGCAUUCUGAAGAAAGAUGGUUUUAUACUUGGUGGAAUUAAAUAUGAUGAAAGCACUACUCUUUCUGGAAUAACCUCUUCCGAUAUUCUUAAACAUGUAACUGCGUACUACUAUAAGGGUGUAUCUAACUUCAAGUUUGAGGACCUUCUCAUGAUUGGAUUUGAGAAAAGAGGUGCUUGUAGUAAUAACUAUGCAUAUUAUAGCAGGGAUGAUAAAGGAUCAACUUGGACUCUUCUUCCUGAUCAGAAGAGUGAACUGGAGAAUCCUGGACUUACCCAAAAGCUUACUGAAAUAAAGAAGAAACUUGAGGCCGAGAAAAAUAAAUCUCAAAAUGGAGCUGCUGGAGGACAUAGCUCUGCUAGUUCACAGAACUUUGGUGAUAGGAUACUUAAGUUCAUUAAAUCUUACCCUGCUGAAAUUGGUAUUACAGGAGGCUUAGCCACGGUAGUAACCAUAGUUGGUAUAGUAAAGAAGUUUUGGGGUACCAUAGCUACAAUUCUCAUUACUUCUGUGUAA